CACAUCAUAACAUCUUUUUCCGAUCCAUCAUACCCGCAUGCAAGCAAGAUCAAAAGAUGAUGUUGAUUCUUUCUCGGUAAGACAAGAAAGUUUGACAAACAUGGAAGGUGUACAAGAUACACAAAAUAAAGAUGGUGGGAAUGUAUGGAGAUUAUCAUUAACAAUCGUUUUGCUAGGUAUCAUAACUUUAUUCUUCUUUCGCUCAAUUCUUCCACGUAUUCCACGUUUAUUCUUUCGAGGUCGAUUACGUAUAAAACGGAUAGGACUACGAGGCAUUCGUGGAAUCGAAUGGCAAACACAAGGUUUCAAUUCAGAUUCAGGCUCCGCUCCUACAUCUUCCCGAAAAAGAUCCAGCUUAUCCAGCUUAGAUGGAGAGAAUAACAGUACAGGCGGACUUGGUAUAAAAGUUCGACAUGUCUACCUCACCCUUCGAUGGAUCUCUGGAGAAGAUCAUUCCUUUUAUGAGAGAUCGGAAAAGAAAGAUGACAGCCAACCUUUGGGAGAUGGAGAUGAGGAACCAAAGCCAUCAUCGUUAGGAGUAACUCCUAAGCGCAAUACUGCCUUGAUUACUGUGCAUAUAGAUGGUAUUGGAGUCAACCUACCACGUAAAGAUGAUACAAAUACCAAGGAAAAGCAGGGUAAGCAAGAGGAAAGGGCUAAAAAGGAAGAAGAAGCUCGAAAGCAGGCUGUGGAGGAGGAAGAAGAAGAACGUUUGCAAGCUCUAAUGUCCAGCAGACCAUCCUCGCCUAGACCGGACGCAAAGAGACCGGAUGGAAAGACAAACCAGACUGUUUCACCUAUGCCUGCUUUUUCUGCUGCGAUGGGCAGGGCACCUAGAACACCACCAGAAACAAGUUCAGCUACCGUCCCUUUCCGGUCUUGGAAUCAAUGGAUCGCAUUUAUCCGGUACACCCUAUGGCCUGCUUUGUGUUUCAUUGCUCUUCGUCUUUUCCGAUCUUUGGCGUAUCUCCUCUUCUCGAUUCUUCCCUUAUUAUCAAGAGUGAUUGAUGUUGAAAUAAGAAGGGUGGAGGUAUAUGCAGCAGAACAGGAUGCCGUACUACGCAUUCAAGAGAUGGAUUUGGGAGCUCAUAUGGAUGUAGUACCGGCUACAGGUCAUUCAGAAGUGGAACUUGGGGUGGAGCAAGAGCAGAAGAAGAACAAUCUCCAGGAACGAUUGGCAUCACUUCUCUCCCUUUUACAUGUCAGUAUAGGAUCUGGCGCAAGAGGUGCUGCUACGAUUGCAUUGGACGGCUUUCCUGGCUUACGAGCUAAUCUACGAAUUGCGGUUCACGGAGUUCAAAUGUUUGAUGCUGCUCGUGCUAGACAUGUUCGUACACGUAAAUCGUCAGAGGAAGGUAGAACGAUUGAGCGUACCCCAAACACUUCUUCCUCCUUCACUCUUGGUUCAGCGCAGGAACAUCAGUGGAAGUCAUUCUCUGAAUUUCAAAAUGUGACUACUAGUCCAAACCCUCAACGUGGUUUGCAUAAAGCAGCAAGUGAGGUAAACCUAUUCUCUGAAGCAAAGGUGGACUCGCGAAAACGAUGGGCAGGUAGAUGGACAGAUUGGGCUUUGGAAAAGACACCGAAUUCUGACUUUAUGCCUCACACUUCGUGGGACCAAGGUGAACCUGAGUGCAAAGAACAGCCAAUUCCGGCAAACGCACGUUUAUUGGCAAUGCAGGAUAUCACUUCGUUCAGUGUAGGCUUCAUUCUUGGUAAAGCCGUUUCUGCAAAAGAUAGCUUGCAUCUCAGUCUUUCUCUUGCGCCCGUCACAAUAGGUGGAGAUGCUUUUGUUGGUAUGGCUGAGCGUAUUCAGGAUGAAAAAGCUCAAAGAAUCAACAAUCUGCAAGAGCCUGUUCAGGAACCGCCAAAAGGCUCAAAGUCACUGCGCUCUUCACCUCGAAUAGCUGAAUUGCUGGAGAUGUUUGGAUCCAUCUCAGUAUCCGUACCAUCUGUGUUGGUCGAUAUGAGCUCCAAAUCAUCAUUCACCGCUUUGUCAGCAGCAGAGGCGAACCCUAGUGACGCCUAUUUACCUUCCUCAAUCCAAAUGCUGACCGAGAUUGCCGGAUUCAAACUUUCGAUAACGACGAGUAGACUACCGGAUGAAAUGCAUCAAAGCUUCUUGGGAACGUGUGGCUUGAAGAAUUACAAAGCCGCAAUAGCAAGAAGAGCCUUAUCUGGUGGUUUGCGAUGGACAUUGGGUAGACGGAGAGCUGCUUUCGUUGAACAUCGAAGAGUGUUUGCAUUUUCCGCAUCACUUGCUCAAGUUGACGUUCGAUUGGGAAUUGAUGGCAACCGACCACAAUCUAAACUAAUGAAUAUGUCAGACUUAAGUGUAAAGAUGCGAUCGUCUUGGACACCGAUAGGUUUGUUGAUCAUCGGUCCUUCGAAUGCAUGUUUCGCAGGCGAUCCGAACGAACAGGCAGUCGUGCUAGAUGCAAAGAUGAAAUCCUUGAAUGGUAAUGUGAAGAUGCAACAUCUUUGUUCUUUGCUCACUUUCUUCCGGUAUCGUCAAGCCGAACGGUUGCAGUAUCGUCAAGAGAUCGGAGUUGCCGGAGUUGCCGGAGUUGCCGCUAAAGAACAAUUCAAAGAACCAAAACAUCACAACUCAAGCCAAAAUGAAUCAAUGAUGCGACAGAUACCCAGAUUUCAUAUUGGCAUUGAGCUAAGCGAAAUGUCAUACUGUUUUGAUGCGUCUGAAUUAAUACAGAUCGGGAACGAAAAGCCAACUUUGGACUUGAUGGUGGAAGUACCAAAAGUCUCAUUCCAUGCAGAAGGAAAUUAUCAAGAUCAAUGUGUUAGACGGAGCGAAAACGAACGAAAAGCAGCAUGGAAAGCGCUAGCAAAGGAUGAAUUGGAAUGGAGUUUGAAGCCACGCAGUAAACUGAACAACGCUCCUGUUGAUGGUUCAUCAAUAUCUGCAGCUACGAAACCUGGAGGAUACUUUGAUUGGCGCCGUGGCUCUCUCAGUGGAGCGUCACCCAGAUCGCCCGAUAGUGUUGAAUCUCCGCCCAUUCCAUCUCCAUCAGAGACGCAAAAUAAACCAAUGACAAUGAAUGAAGCCUUGGAGAAAAUGCGACAGAUACAAGAAAUGGAAAAGAACCCAAAGAAGUCGCAUAAGCCACGUGCUCAUCGAGGUUCAAUAAAGAAGUCACAUCUUUCCGCCACUUCAGUCAAUUCUCCAACGCACAACCUCCGCUGUCAAUCUACGUGCUCAUUUGAUCAUAUCAAAAUGUUUUGGGUUAUGGAUGGUCAUGAUAUUUCUUCACAAAGGAGAGCACGCGAUGGGGAAGAUCGCUUCCCUUCUUUUGUCGAUCAAAUGCCUUUGCGAGGAAAGACUCAUAGGCAUGUCUUGGCUCUGAAUGAUUUUGAAGCAGUCUGUUCGAUGAGCGUGCCUGGCGAUCAAGAAUUGAUCGGCAAUCAUGUCACUUUGAUGACCGAUAGACGUUCGAUCGAUGUUCGUACAAGUUUGGAAGAGGUAGACUUAGAUAUGUGGCACACAUCUUCCUUGGAUGCAACACGUGCAUGUCUUCAGGCCAUCAGCAACGCUAGCAAGAAGGUACAAUUGAGUGAAAAGGACAAUGGAACGGAGGAAAACAAUCAAGAAUCCUCCCCUCAAGAGUCUGAUGACCAAAACCUUCCACCUCUGAUCGACUUGCUGAAACCAAAUAGCAGUUUGUACUUCUCAGUGGGCACCAUUGUUGCUCACCUUGGUGGAUCGGAUACACGUUGCGAUCCUGGUAUGUUCCGUGGAAUAGGUGUCGAUAUCAAAAGAGCCAUUUUCCAAGCUGCAGUGGCAAAGUUGGAACCCAGAAAGUUGAAUGAUCCUACACAUUAUUCAAUGGGCGCCAGAAGUGCGCUUGAUCUACCAGAAGACCAACGAACCAGCGUUACAGCUUUGGCAGUUCGUCAUGGCAAAGCAGCUUCCGUUAAGCUCAAUGUGUUUCAAAUGGGCGUUUUUCCUUUACUUGAUGCACAAAUGGCUACCGCUCAACACAUCGGAGGAAACGGAGCAGAUGACGAUAGUGAUAUCGAACACAAAUAUAACUUUGAUGCAGACACAUUCGGUUCACCUUCUAUUAUCGCUCCUGCUGUUUGGGAUUUCCAAAGGACUCGCCCACAACACACCAAACAGCAUCGUUUGCAUGCCCGAUUCCGUCAACAAGAUCGCUCGAAUUUCAUACUAUGGGUUCCAAAGUUUGCUUUACGGGCAAAUUUGGUUCCCAAAGAUCAUAAAACCAACAAGAUCGGAAAGCAUACAGAAGAACUUCAAAUCGUCACUGAAGAUUCAAAUUUGGUAUCAUUAAAGAUUGAAAUGCUUCACACAUAUUGCGCUUUGGUUGCAAUUGCCUCUCUCAAGAGCCUCAAGCCAACGUCGCCGAGCAAAAAGUCGUCUGAUACAGAUUCCAAAAAUGAUGCCAAGCAAGCACAAAAGACUAAGAAGAAGGUUACAAGAAAGUAUCAGAUCCCAAGCUAUCAUGCUGCUUUGCGCAUUAGUGAUAUUCAGAUCGCGGUUGCAUUGCCAAGCGAUGUCAAUCUAUUUAUACGGAUUCAGCACGUUGAACUUGUACACGCCCAUCAUGGAGACUCUUCGAUUGGCUUUGAACGUUUAAUGUGCGCAGUCGAAAGUCCAGAAGUACCUUCAAAGGGUAUGUGGGAAGAGUUGGCUCGAAUGAGAGACUGUAAAGUACGCCUUGAAGAAGGCAAAGAAGACGGAACACCUAUGCGGGUGAAGGUCAAUGUUGAUGGAAUAAGCUUCCGCGUACCGUUCAAUUACACCGUCCACCCAAUCAUUGACAGUACCGUUGUGUCUGUCAAAACAACCAAACAGCUCGUCCAUCAAUUCAUCAAAGGUGGAAAUGAUUCUGUCAUUAUUCCUGUAGCUGAAGAAGCAAAACAUUUGCCCAUCAUCGACGUCAAAGUACGAAUUUUCUCUAUUGAAGCAGAAGAUGAUCCAUUCGAAACACGAUUGAACAUCAUUUGGCGUUCCGGUGGUGACGAGAAUCAAGCAAGAUCAGAACGUGAAAGUGCUUUCCAGGAAAAAGUACAUGCACUGGAGAAUUUACGAACAAAUGAUCCAAGUUCAGAAACGAUAGCUACAAUGACGACUACAGCAUCUGAAAGUGACGUAUUGGAAGAUGAUAAAUUACGUAGACAGGCAAAAGUGAGCAUAGAAGAAGCACGAACGAGAUUGGAUGCCUUUAAUGCGUCCAGUUGGGCCAGACGUUUCGGAAAUGCACAGGCUGAGCAAGCACGUCGUGAAGAAGCCAAUGUUCGACGAAUCUAUGGUCGUUUACCACCUCAUGCGAUGCUACAGAAUGACAUGCCGAUCAAACUUGCCCCUCGUUCAAGAGCUGCACCUCUAUUUCGAUCUACGAUGACAAGAUUACAUAUCGUCAUGAGUCCUCCAUCGUUUCCGGAAAGCAAGUUGCGAGAUUUCUUGUACGAGCAAGGUGACGAAAUUCCCCGUGAUAUGGAAUAUUCCUUGUUAAUUCCUCUUCACAUGAAGCUUCGAAUGGAUGAAUGGAAGAUCGACCUUCGUGAUUAUCCAAUGCCUUUACUGCACUUCCCUCCCAUUAAUCGAAAUACACAACCUGAUACAUUGGCAGCCGUUGAAUUGGAAAUGGAUUUCUGCAUAGCCGAACAAUUAGGCUCUGAUAAAGCACUUCGUCACAUAAGCGCAAUCGUUGUGCCAGCUGCUACUGGCAGGCCUGAUGCUGUGGAAUAUGGUAUCUCAGUUCCAAGGAUGUCUAUGCCUACAAAAUUCUAUGGCUCACCAGUACUAAAUAUUAAUUCGAGCUAUCCUACAAGACUUGUUUGGGGUCAAUCCGUUCAACCUGCCAUUCAUGAUGUGAUUCGUGUAUUUGAAGGUAUCACAAGCCCCCCGCAUGAUCCUUCGCCAAGGAUUGGUUUUUGGGAUAAAAUGUCUUUGAUUAUGCAAGGUGCAUUGAAGGUGCAAUUCCCUGGCGACGGACAAUUUCACGUUUAUCUCAAGGGAAGUCGUGAUCCGUAUCACAUCUUAGGCCAUGGUGCCGGAUGGGUCAAGUGCUGGCGUGGCAACGUAGAAUUACGUCUGGGAUUCGAAAACCCACAGAAAGAAGUCUUUCAGAUCUUGAGUGAUGAGUACAUCCUAGCCAUUCCAAAUUUGAAGGAUUACAUUGAUCGUGCAGCUAUAGGUACGGAAAGCCGGGAUGCAGAAGAAGAAUCAUCAUCGCACGGUAAAAAUGGUCCUUCAUCAUACAAGCGUGCACAGAGUAGCAAUGAUGCAUUGAGUGAUAGCGAGAAAGCAAAACACGGUGGGCAUAAAGCACCCACGAUUGCCUCCUCCUUGGCGUCCACUCAUCAUCGUUAUAUGCGUGAUCCGGAGUUCAAGAAGAUUUGUAUGAAAUUGACAAAUGGUGUCCGAUGGGGUUUCGGAUUGAUUCUGGAAAGAACUUGUACGGAAGAUAGCUGUGUACAAAAGGUAAAGUGUCAAGGUGCACCAUUUUACCGUGUUUGUCGCUUUUGGACGCGAAAGAAACAUUGGCAAGUCUAUACACGAUCAAUAGAGUAUGUCGAUACGCUUCCAGACGAUCAAAAAGGUGACUCAUUCGACGGCUGGCGCACGCAUCAUUUACACUUUUCCGUUUCAAUCGACUCACCUCGCGAUGGCGAGGAUGACAGAGCAGGUGAACAUCGAGAGGAUGACAGAAGCAAGAAGAGCUCUACAGAGCCUGAACCCAAUGCCAACGCAGUCAACAACUUAUACUUUACCCCUUUGGCAUGGGAACACUUUUGGGCAUGGAUGCGAUUGUUUGACAGUGCUUUGAGCUUGCCGAUCAGGCAAGGGAAGUUGUUCCCAGGUUCUUUGGAACAAUCACCCAAAUUUGGACGUCAUUUAGGAACGAUUAAAUAUCAUUUCAAUAUUGCACCCCUUCUCAUUUCACACUUGUAUCCUCAAGCCAACAAGAUGGAUUGGGCUCGUGGCAGAACGACAUUAAUCGGCGUCAAAGCCAGAAUGGCUACUUUCCAUAUGGACUUCCAUCAAAGACAACAAGAGAUUGUUGUAGACAGGCCAGAAUUGGGAGGACAAAGAAAGACGUUCCAUAAACCAUUCUACGAGGCCGAAGUUGAUCUAUCCAAUAUCAAUUUCCGUACUUUGGCAGGACAAUUCCAAGAACCGGAUAAACGUUUGGUACCUCUACAAGAUGUGGAUGAGAAUGAAGAUCAUGACCACGAUAACAUCUUUUUUGAUGGUGAAGAUGAGGACGAAUCUGGCCCGUCAGAUCGUGACUUGGAAUGGUACGAUCUACACGAUUUUGUUGAACUAGACUGGGCGCCUCCUGAAGGUGGCAGACAGCCUAGGAUCCGACUUAUCGAAGCAAUGUCAUGUCCUCGGUUCAGCUACUAUCGCCGUAUCGAGUCGAAGGAUGAACGAGUUCAGCGUACAAAGGGCGAAAAAUCGCCGGAUGAUCAAGACAAUAACAACGAGACUGCCAAGCUGGAAAAUACGAAGUUCGGACACGAAAAUACCCAUGUUUGUUUGGUCGGCAUUGCACCAACACCUCCCAAAGUUCAGAUUGCGUUGGCUGAAGCCAGGUUAGACAUUUUGAAUACUCAACUGAAAAAUUUCUUGAGCAAAUCGGGAGGAGAGCCGCUCAAUGAAGAAUUUAUGGGCGGCGAAGGUCGUGCAAAAGCAGAAACAGAACGUGCAAAGAAGGCAAGUUCGGAAGAGGAACAAGAUUUGCAUAAAAAGAUAAAAUUGGUGCGAGAGUAUAUCAAAUUGUUGAGCACCAUACAACACAAAGUAUUCGACAUUGACGAAAAUCACGAAAACGAGCCAGAACAUCUCGCACAUACUUCUGAAGGUAUCACAGAAAUGCCAGGCUCUCACUCUUCAUUAUCAGGCAAUGAUGCUUUGCAUGAAUGGCAAGCGUUUGACAAUCGCUACUUUAUCCACAAUCCAGUCAUCUUUUACAGUAAUCAAACGAGAGAUGUUUUGCUAAAGUAUUACCUCAGCUCGCGCAAACGGAGAGGAGUUGUGCACUCCCUAUCUGCUCGUGCGGUUCGUACAAUCCGUGAUAUAGGAAAGGAAGGUAAUGGCGAAGGCGAAGGAAAAGAUGUUAACAAACGCGAAUCGCAACAUCGUACUUAUUCCAGCUCCACCGGUCAGACAGAAGAGGAUUCUGAUGAAGAGGAAGGAACGACACCCACGCCAAAUGCUACAGAGAGUAAGAUCAAAAAUCGAUCAAGAUCUGCAAGUGAAAAUCUUGAUGGUAUCUUGAAAGAUGCUGUAGAGUAUAUGAUGCCAAACGAUGAGGGUGAAAAGAAUGAGGAAGGUGUACAAAAUGGCGAUGAAGGAAGGGACAAAGCAUGGCAAGCGGAGAGUAGAGCGGCAUUUGCAGCAUUGAUGGAGACUUGCAAUCCUCAAGAGGGAAUUUCAGACGAAUUUGAAGUCAGAAGGUCAAAUGUUUGUGUCGUGUUAAAGCCACAAAUCGUUUUGCGAAGUUUAGUGGAUGAUAAAUCGACCGUGAUCAUUACUGCAGCAAGAGCACGAUUGCGAAAUUAUAGCGUCAAAGAUCCUCGUGUCGAAGAGGACAGCGUAAACGAAAGGGUUUUGUAUCGAAACUUCAUGGGAGUUGAUGCUCUGCAAGGUUUCCAUCCCAGCAAAAAGUGUUCGUUCGUCAAUAAUAGAGCUCGCGGAAGUUCCCAUUUCGUUUACGUACCUCUGGAGACAUUGAUAGACGUAAAGUACGAGACUAGCGAUUUUGAUCGUAUUUGUCCUCGCACAGAUGCGAUAGUACAAUACGAUAAGUUCAAUAAGCUCAGAUUGAACGAUCCCAAUCACCCAGUUGCCGCAUCCAAUUCUGACGACGAGAAGACGGGAGAGGAUGAUGUGAAGGAUGAAACAGACCAUAGUGACCAUCUUCGCCAUACAAUGGAUCUAAUCAAAGUUCACUGUCCACGUUAUUCAGUUUCUGCGAAUGCGGAUCAAUUUGGAGCAAUUUACAAUGUGGUGACGGAUUUGUUGCUAUAUCGUGACCCUGCGUACCGAGAACAUGCCAAAAAGUUGGAAGUGAUGAUGUUCAGUUAUGAUCUUUCCGAUGUUGAAGCAUUGGCUGAUCUUGUUCAAUCUUUGCAAAUUCGCAUUCGACAUGCUAGAGAACUUCAUUCACAGUAUGAACUUCAUUUCGAGCUUUUGAACGAUCAAGGAAGGUUGGACUUCUUGGGGCUCAAAGCAGAGAUCAACGAUAUGCAAGAUGAGCUGAAUCUGCUGCUGGAGGCCAUUACGCAAGCUGAUGAUAAUUCAGAUAAAGAAAAGAAGUCUGCUUUACGGCUAGAAGCCAAUGCGAGAGACGUCGCUUGGAAUAUGAUGGGCAACAAAGACGGAGAAUUGUUGGCAAAGAUGUCGAUCCGUAGUGUCAAUUACGUAUGGAUGAAUAAAGCAGAUAAUUCGGUUCAAAAUAGUUUGACAGUAGGCGAUUUGAAUGCUGUCAAUGUUGAUCCAAAUGCAGUUUUUCAAGAGAUUAUCACAAAAUACAAUUCCCCCGAUCAUCAUCCUAUGAAGGAGAAUGGAAUGUUACUCAUCGGAGCCUGGUCAGUCUUACCACCUGUUGGUGGAAUUGCCAUCGUUGAUCACUUCGAACUGCAUUUGCAUCCUCUGCGUAUUCAAAUUGAGCGAAAGAUUGGUAGACAGAUUGAAGAAUAUAUCUUUGGAAGUAUGCGGGAAAAGCGGAAAGAACGAGAAGAAAUCGAAGAUCAAGGCGAACAUGAUCAAAAGGGUGACGGAAAAGGAGAUCAAAAAUCAAUUCGCGGAAAAGGAAUCUUGACAAAGCGAUUUAAACAAUUGAAAGGUGCAAUCAGUGGUCACGGUCAUUCUUCCAAUUCUAAAGACCAAAAUGGAGAGCAUGAUCAACCUCAAGAAGAAGAGCCUUCCCCAACCCAGUCUGGACAAUCUUCCCCUCGCAAGGCCACUAAACCACUUCCUUCUGAUCGCAAAAGUAUUGAGGGUCGUCGCUCGAUGAACCUACAUCGUACUUCAAGUAGAUCACUUUUGAACCAUGAAGAUAGAAGCAAAUCACUUUCUUAUUACGGCUCAUCUGGUCAAUUGAGCAAUAGCACAAACAAGGACGGUGGUGGUGGUGAGAAUGGAGGUGAUGGCGGUGGUUCUGACGGUGAAUCGGAAGAAGAAAGUGGUCAACGUGCAAUCGCAUCAAGAAAUGCUAUUGAGAUGCGCGAGCGUGCCUCAAAGACGGUCACGUUCGUUUCCGUAAAGGUUUCACAAACAAUCUUUUGUUUGAGCUACAAGAGUGAAAAGCAAAAGUCCAUCGUUGAUUUAUAUGAUCUGGUAUUCAAAUCGCCAAAGCUGGAAUAUAGAAAUCGAACAUGGGCACACGCAGAUCUAGCCAAUCAUUUGAAACGUGAUAUCAUCAAAGCUGCAUGGAGACAAAGAUCAACUCUGAUCAAAGGAGUGAUCAGUCAUAGAAAGCCUCCUGCUACUCAGAGAGUUGCCCAAGCAGCAAUGACUUUGACUCGCAGUCGAAAUCAUAUCACACCUCUAUCAGGUUCAAAUGGUCAAUCUCCAACUUCAGAAAUGCGGAAUGCGUUGACUGGAGCUAUUGAAUACCCUCUGAAGAAAGCGGCUUCCCUGACUUCAUCUUCUUCGCUGAAGAAAUCAUCCAGUAAUAGUGAAACUGUGCACGGUACGGAAGAAGGAAGUACAAGUCCAAAUGGAGAACCUUAUGGUGUUCGAAGUGAUGGAGACCGUCAGUCUCAUCGAUCCAGUUCAAUGUCAACCGGAGACGGUAAACGUAAAUCAUCUUCUACAGAUGUGUUGAGAAAUAGAAGGAAGUCUUCUUCAUCUGCUGCCCAUGAUGACCGUCAACGCAUUUCGUCUUCUUCCGAACAAAGACGUACGCCUGAAUUCCGUUUACUUGUCGAUCCUCCAUCGUUCUCUACCACUGACUCCCACGGCAGUCUGUCUUCGAACAGUGCAGCACAACAACAACAAACAAAUUCAAGCAACUAAUUUCCGUUAAUGUAUUAUGAUGUACUGUGACCUUAAAUGUAUCAUGAAAAUCAAUACAUGUAAUCAAUUCAUGAAAUCACAUCUUG